GUGUGUUCGAAAAUCGACGGUUCCGCGGGAAUCCCAUGCAUCAGAGAGGAGGUGGUCGCGCCAUGGAUUCAACGCCCCUACUCGCCAAGGAGAACGACGACAUGCUGUUCUCGGCGAGCUGGCUUGUCGAAGAUGCCUUCUUAUGCGUGUCCCGUCCGGAGCCAGUGCGCACUCCACUUGCGCACCGCAUCUACGUCGUCCACUCGAAGCUCGCAUUCGUCGGACGUUAUGUUUUGUACGUCCUGAUCGGUCUGGCAUUCGUUCAAACCCCGCACUGGUGUGACGAAUCCAAGCCCUUCCCAUGCGGCGACCCUGCCGACGUAGCGACUCCCAUGACGUUUCAAAUGAACUACCUCUCGACUGCGCAAAGUCAAACGCUUGAAGCGACCUGCCUUUUCCUCCUUCUCGUCAACGUCCUUGUGCCGUUUGCAUACCUCCACGAACGCUUCCUCGUGCGUCAUGAAAGUCGUGUCGAGCUCGUUCUACUCGUCGUCUCCCUCGUCGACUUGUCGUUGUCGGCGGUGUUGCCAGAGACGUAUGCCCCGAUCGCCCAUCUUCACAUCCAUGACUACGUUCGCAUCGCACUCCUCGUCACGACGCACACGUCGCUACGUCGAUCCCUUCGCAAGAUCCUCCUCGUCCUAUCGGAGAUCUACAGCAUCCUGAGCCUCGUAUUUGUCUUCAUUCUAUUUUACGCGUGGAUGUCGAUCGUGCUCUUUAGCGGCACCCCCGAAGGCGACGCGCAAAUGCCCAACAUGACCACCGCGUGCUGGCACUUUUACGUCCUCCUCACGACGUCCAACUUUCCCGACAUCAUGAUGCCGGCGUACAACGCGAACCGCGCGACGUGUCUUUUCUUCAUGUUGUUCAUCUGCUUUGGGCUUUUCUUCCUCAUGAACGUUGUCUUGGCCGUCAUUUUCAAUAACUUUGCGCGCUACACGGAAGCCGAGACCAAGCUCCGGCACGGAAUUCGGGAGACCAAGCUCACGCAGGCGUUCCACCUCCUCGCGACGCACACGACGCGGUUCUCCCGCGACGGCGCCUCUGCCGACGGCAUUGCCUUGGACGUGUGCGUGCGCAUGUUUGACGAACUCAACCGGUGCAAGCACGUGUCGCACAUUCAAAAGGCAAAGAUGCGCCAAGUGUUUGCCGCGCUCGACACAAACGGCGACAACCAGAUCCAACUCGGCGAGUUCCUCCAGACGUGCGACGUCCUCGAGACGCUGCUGUUUGCGGACGACGUGUUCCAGUCAGAGGUCGAAGUGUGGUGUCCUGCAGUCGUGCACGCGUCGUGGUAUGUAGCAUUGGACCGGGUCAUUCGGAGCCAGUACUUUGAGUGGAUCGUGGACGCCGCGCUCGUGCUGAAUGCAGUGUUGGUCGUGAUCGAGUCGUCGGGCGUCAUCUACGGCAACACGUCGGCGGACGACCACUGGGACGGGUGGGACCGGUUCGAAGUCGCCUUUACAACGCUGUACGUGUUGGAAAUGACGGCCAAGAUCGUGCUGGACGGCAUGCGACGGUACUGGGCGUCCGUGAAGAACCGAUUCGACUGCAUCAUUACGGUCGCCGUUGUCGCGGUCGACAUGGUUGCGUACAUCGGGAGCGCCUCGCCGUCGCCACAGCUCGUCAGGGUCUUUCUCAUUGCACGAUGCUUGCGACUCUUUCGCUUGAUCAUCAAUGUCCGAGGGUACCGCCUCAUCUUCACGACGUGGUUCCGCCUGCUUCGGUUUGGCAUGCACUUGCUCCUGCUCCUGUUCUGCCACAUGUACAUGUUUGCCCUGCUCGGCAACCAGUUGUUUGGCGGUCGCAUCUCGCCGGCCGGGAUGCGCACCGCGUUCCCCGACGACCCGUAUACCCAAGCGGACUACAUGGCCAACAACUUUAACGACAUGCCUGGCGCGAUCGUCACGCUGUUUGAGCUUAUUCUCGUCAACAACUGGGUCGUUAUUGCCGGCGGACACGUCGCCGUCACGUCGACGUACGCGCGGUGGUUCUUCAUAGCGUACCACGUCCUGGGGGUGACGUUUCUGCUGAAUCUGGUCGUGGCGUCCAUUUUGGAUGCAUUCCUGGACGAGUACAAGACCGAGCACGCGAAGACCGUGACUGAAGUGGACGGCACCGACUUUACUGCGAGUCCUUGGAUCGAUCGAAACGCGGCGGGUCGAGUAAGCCGCGACGUAGGACCGCUGGCGUCAACAUUGCAGCACCGCCCCAACUACGGCACGUCCAAAGUGUCGGCGUAGCGAUCCGCUUCGGCUCCAUCUUCGCCGAAAAGUAAUAGCAGCGCUUCAUGAUAUUGGGAGAUGUUGCUACGUCACGCGCGACGAUGUGAAGCUCCUUGUUGCAUCGGUGUGCUCAGCACAACAGAUUGCCCACAAACCACUGAGCAUUCGUGCCCUGCAUUGCGUUCGAUCCUAGCUCAAUAUGAACGCAGCAACACGACGUAUUGCCUUCCGG